AUGGUAUCAAGAGCCAUUGAGAGCAUUUUCAAUGGAAACUCCCAGCUCCGAAUCCCCAAGCCUCACUCUAACCCAAAAUCAAACACCUCAUCUCCAUACCUCAACCUCAAUGAUCCGGCAAAUCCAUAUCGGCUUGAUCACGGCGAUAACCCAGCCCUAACCCUUGUCACCGAUCUUCUUACUACUCACAAUUAUGCCACCUGGUCUUGCUCGAUCCGUCGUGCUCUCCGAGCCAAAAACAAACUUGGUUUUAUAACCGGAUCUCUCAUCAAACCUUCUCAACCCACAGACCCUUUACUUGAGCUUUGGGAGCGCUGCAACGACAUGGAGCGAUUCUCUCAACAAAACGGUCCUCGUAUCUACCAACUCAAAAAGGAUUUGGCUGCUCUGCUUCAAGACCACGACCCGGUUAGUAUUUACUAUGGAAAAUUAAAAGCUCUUUGGGAUGAACUUUCUGUAUAUGAUCCCAUUCCAGCUUGUAAUUGUGGUCUUAUGAAAACAUUGCUGGAUCGAUCUCAACGAGAUUGUGUACUGCAAUUUUUAAUGGGUCUCAACGACACCUAUACCCCCAUCCGAGACCAAAUCAUGCUUAUGGAUCCCCUUCCCCCUGUCUCUAAGGUGUUUUCCCUAGUGCAACAGCAGGAAAGACAUCACGAAAUGACCUCCCACACCCCAUCUCCCGAAACCAUGGCUAUGGCAGUGAAGAAACCCUACACUCCUUCCAAAUUCUCUCCUAAACCAAACCACUCUUUCAAAAAGGACCGUCCCUACUACAGUCACUGUAAAAUUACUGGCCAUAUUUUUGAGACUUGCUUCAAGGCUGGUAAUGCUGAACCACCCCUUUGCACACAUUGCAACUUGACUGGCCACACCAUUGAGAAAUGCUACAGAGUCAAUGGAUAUCCACCUGGCCACAAAUACGACACCAAACAGCAGCAGGCCUCUGGUUUCCUUGCAAAUCAGACAUCUCUUUUGAUUGCUUAUGAAUCUGAAGACACCAGUGAUGACAAAUUUGGAUUGACCAAGCAACAAUAUCAGCAACUAAUGGCCCUGAUCCAACCUCAGGAUUCCCCAAUUGCGGCUUCUGUUAUCCACUCCAGGAACACAAAUCAACCCUCUCUUCAUACAACAUCAUGUUCCAAAAUGUCUGGUACUUUUAUUUCUCUGUCUACAAGCACACACAGCUCCAUAAAUGCAUCCUCUGUCGAUUGGAUAUUGGACACAGGUGCUACAGACCACAUGAACUACUUGGGUUUAUUUGCUUACUGCCAAAACAGAAACCAGAAAAUGCCUUGA